AGCACUUAUAACCCAAUAGUAAAUAAAAAACUAUGGUAGAUUAGUGGAAAGUUUAUAGCAAGAAAAUGUCUGAGGAUCUCAAAACCUUGCGCAUUGCUAAAGAUGAUGAAGGCAUAAUCAAUAGUUUAAAAUCAAUCGAGAGGAAACUAGAUGACCAUAUGUUGCGCGAUCAAUAUGUUAACGAAGGACUGGUAGAAAUAUUGCGCGAUCUGGUAGUACCCAACAAUCUUGUCAUUUGCUCUAAAGCCCUAAGUCUCAUUACAAGAAUUGUUGAAAAGAAUGAAGAAUUUAGUCAAAAACUUGUAAAACCAUUUGGUUUUCUUAAACAACUCAUCACUUUUUGUUGGCCAUUGCAAGAAAGUAGCCAUGACGUAAAGAACCAUCAUGAUCACAUGACCAUUUGUGUUCAAGCUGUUGCUCUUGUAAGAAGAUUAGUUUGCAACAACAAAUUUCUGGUUUGUGCUGCCAAUAUUGAUCUUGUUCAAAAUGUUAUCAACUUAUGUCGUUUGCAUUUUGAUGAAUCAAACCAAUGUUGUUAUGGCAACCGAAUUUACCCUACAACGGCUACAUUGCUUUUACAAAGUCUUGUGCAUGGUAAAAAUUUGAUAGGAAAGGUCUGUGAAUUACCAUCCAAAAUCAGUGAAGACAUCCUCGAUUCAACAUUAGGUCAAGAUGUAAUUACUCAAUGCGCUAAUGGUUGCGUAAUGUCAAUUGAUUUGUAUGACACAACUACAGACAAAGACAUAAUCAUCACAAAAGAACUCAUAAAGGAAAAAAUGGCUUGGCCAAGAUUUCUUACACCAGAUUAUGAAAAAGAUGAUGGAAAGAUAAUGGUGAAUGGGCAGAUGUUACUGUCACAAGUGUUGUUGAUGGUGGACAUUUUUGGGCCCAAGUUGGUGGAAAAGAUAUUGAAGAAAAAUUGCACUCCAUACGUGCUGUACUUGAGAAUGAAAAUGUGGAUUGCAAAAGAUUAACAAGUAUUCCCAUGGUGGGAGAACUGGUCACCUGUCACGAACUGGUCACGUGUCACAGUACGCUUCAUGGUUACGUUGAUGUUUACAGAGGCAAAGUAUUGCAAAUAAUAACCACGCAAGAUGAGACAACGUUGGAAGUAUUUGCUGUUGAUUAUGGUUUUAAAAAGAUAGUUUCAUUAAACUGCGUAUCAGAAAUAACCGAUCUAGGAAAAAAAGAACUGUUCCAGGCACGUUUUUGCUGUCUACAUGAUGUUCAACCUCCCUAUGAAGAUGUUGAUGUUUUGAUAAAUUUAACUGGAACUUUACGAAAUCUUGCCAAACAAGCUAAUGCCUGUCGUUUGCAAAUUAUGAACAAAAAUGGGAUCGAGGUUUUGUUGAAGUUUCUCGUUCUUCCUUACAACGAGUUACAACGACAAGUUAUAGGGACAUUGCUAAAUAUGAGUUUAAAUUUUAAAAGUAGAGAAAGAAUCGGAUAUUUUGGAGGGGUAAAAAUUUUGACAGGUAGUAGAAAAUAUAAAUCACGCUCUUUAGCUAAUGGAGCUUUAAGAAUUUUAUUGCUAUUUUUAAGCUCAUUUUCCUGCAUCUUUCGUGUUUUUCAUUUUAAAGAUUUAAUCCGGAAUGACUUCAGAAAAGAUCCAGCUCUGUUGUAUUUGUCAAUAUGUGCGCUUCGUAAUUUAAUGUUUAACUCGCCGACGAAUCGUGGCCAAUGCGCGGACGAGGACGGUCUUUUUGUUUUAACAGAUGUUUAUAUUUCAACCACAUGGGAUAAAAUUCAACAGCAAUGUUUGGGUGCUUUAAAAAUUCUGAUAGGAAAUUCUUGGUAUAUGUUGAUUGGAAACGAUGGCAUGGAUUUGCGUUCUGUUAUCGAUGUCAAUCAAGACAAAUCAUUUUCAUUGUCUACUGCCAUCACGACUAAAUUUCCAUCUGUUUAUCGUCGAAAAAAACAUCUUCGACCUGGCGAAGUGCAGCCGCAACCAAUAGAAAAGGCCUUACCUUCACAUGUGAUUAAGACUCUGUCCAAUCAGGAGAGUGAUGAGUCGACAUCUGAUCAUUCUGAUGGAGAAGAGCCAUUGUUUAACAUUUCACCAUCAAAUGAUACUCUAAAAAAGUCUAGUGAAGAAGACGUUCAUCGUUAUUAUAUAGAAGGAGAAGCCAUUCCUUUUAUUGAGGAUGAUACUCACGAGUUUAGAUUCUGCAAGGACAAAAAUAGAUUUCGUCAUCUAUAGUUGCAAGGCCUGCAUGUGCAUUUCUUAACGCUGGUAAAGGAGGUACGAUUUACCUUGGUGCAAA